CCUCAAAAACCAAUUACAGACAUUACAAUAAGCGUAUUUUACAGUUGUUUCCUACUAGAUUUCCCUGUUUUAUGUUUUAUGAUACUAUAUCUUCUCAAAAUUGCAAUCAAGGUGGAAGAAAACUAACUCUUAUUAUUAAUAGUGUGUAUUCAAGACAAAGCCAAGAAACUACUUAGUCCUAGGCCUAGUAAGUAUCUGACAGGGGAAAAAAAUCCUCACUAACUAUCCAUUCACUCUUUGGGAUACAGCAAUGGAUGAUCUCGGAGACCAACCCGUAUCCAGUGAUAUAAUACCUGAGGAAGUUAACGAUAUACCAGUUGAAAACUGGUGCUGGACUGAUGUGAGCUUGGAUAAGUUCAACUUCUUGUGGACUAUUUUCAACUUCAGUUACUGCAAUCAGAAAACGGGAGAGCAUAUUAAAUCUCCAUUGUUCAGUUCCAAAUGUAACGAUACAGAGAAAUGGUGUUUAAGAAUUAAUCCAAGAGGAGAAGACAAAGAAAGCAAAAACUACAUCUCAAUUUUUCUUAUUCUGGCUACAUCUAAGAAACUGGAAGUGAUGGCCCGUUUCAAGUUUUCAAUUGUAAACGGCUUUGGAAAAGUCGUGAAAGAAACGGAAAGCCAAAGGGCAUAUAGAUUUGUUUACGAAAAUGGUUGGGGUUACAAAAAGUUUAUAAAGAGAAAGAGGGAUACAUUUUUUGAUAAAGAAAAUCAAGUUCUCAAUGAUGACAAGCUCACAAUAUUUUGUGAAGUAAGUAUUGUCACUGCUCCUGUCAGUGUUUUUGGAAAACACAAGGAAAUCAAAUUCAAAGUCCCUGAACCUAAGUUGGAAGACGACUAUGAGCAGCUUUUGUCAGAUCACAGGUUUUCAGAUGUCACCCUAUCUGCUAAUGGUAAGCAAUUCAAAGCUCACAAAGCAAUCCUUGCUGCUAGGAGCCGUGUAUUCGCAGCAAUGUUCGACCAUUGCAUGGAAGAAGGUCAGUUGAAUCAUGUUACUAUCUUAGAUGUUGAUCAUGCAACUUUAGGUGAACUGUUGCGUUUCAUUUACUCAGGAAGAGUAAAAGACAUCAACAAAAUAGCAUUCGACCUCCUCGCAGCAGCGGACAAAUAUGACUUGGAGAGGCUUAAAAUCAUGUGUCAGGAAACCUUGUACAAGAGCAUAUCGUUUGAUAAUGUUCUUGAUAUUCUAAUACUGGCCGAUCUUCACUCGGUGGUAAAUUUGAAAUCACAAGCAAUUAAGUUUGUGUGUGAGCAUGCAAAAGACAUCAUAAACACGGAAGGAUGGAAUUUUAUGGUGAAGUCUCAUCCCCAUUUGGUUGCCGAAGCUUUUGCUUUUCUGUCUGGCAAAGAAGUUUUCUUUUCACCUCCUCUUUCCAAGCGGAUUAAGCAUUGGAUUAGAUAUUACUUCAAAUGCCAGAUUCAGUAACUAGAAUAUAAUUUAGAGUCUAGCCUAUAUGUAAUAAAACACAAUUUAUGGGCAGCCCUUCUGUUAGGUGUGUUAGGUACAGAUGUAAUAGAACUGUUACCGUAGUGUAAAUUACUAAAAUGAAUGUAAAGUAACAUGUUUAGUGUAAAUUACUGAAUCAAAUCCAAAAUAACAUUUUUGUAUAUAAACUACAAUUAUUGAAAGUUAAUUUUUAUUUUAUUCAACCAAAUAUGUGUGAAUUGCAUUUAGAAAUCAAUGACAUUAUUUUAGUUUGUAAUUGAAUACCUUUGUA